AUGGAGUUUAGGAUUCCGAAAAAUCUGGAUGACCUCGAGCAGAAUGACGACGAGUCCUUAGGGUACUUUGACCAGCUGGAUGCCUCGUCCAAGGACCUUCUGAUCGACUCCUUGGCGACGAAUCUCAGCUGCCUCGUUCCAUCCAUCGCGGCAUUCCUGGCAUCGUCUUCCGGCAGCUCCUCCACGUCAGCGGCUGACACUGACGGGGGUCGCCAGUCGCGGAAGAAGGCGGUGGUGUCGCACUCGUGGGAGUGGCAGCGCCAAAUGCCCAAGGUGCUCAAGGCGCUCGCUACAGCCACAUCCGUUAAGCUCAGCUCUCUUUACCACGGCUCCGCGCCAGAAGAGAGCCUUAUGGAAGCUUAUUGCAGUCUGGCGCUCACGCUCUUUGAAGAUGCCGAAUUACUCAAGAACGGGGAUGUGCGCGCGCCGCUCGUGCAAAUCGUGGCGCAGUGCGCCGUGAAGCAGGGGUACCUGGUGCAGGUGGUAUCUGGGCUGCUGCAUCUGCUGCACCACCAGAAGCACUCCCCCGAUAUAGUCACGGACGUGGUGGUGUACGCGGAUGAGCAGCUGGGGCAGGCGAGCCUGGCUGCGGCGGUUCUGCAGGACGUGGGGAGGACGGGGCUGAAGGAGUACAGCCGCGCCAACAGCGGCGUGCACGAGGUGGCGGAGUUCCUCAUCGCCCUCGCCAACAAGCAGCCCCGCCUGCUCGCCGCGUCCCUGCCGCUGCUCGUCCCGCACCUUGAGCACGGGGAGUCCGCCGUGCUGCGCUGCGCCAUCGUCACCGCCAUCAGCCGCCUCCUCGCGCGCCUCUACUCCGCCGACGCUGGCGGAGCGGUGCCCCCGGCAGGAGACGGGGGCGCGGAAGGGGAAGGAGCGGAAGGGGACGAGGACGGGGAGGGCGGAAGGGAAUCCGCGGGUGGCGCGGAGGAGGAAGGCCCCGCGGCGAGGGGCGCGAUGCGCGCGCGGUUGCAGCGGCUGCGGAGCAAGCAGGGGCUGCUGGCGGUGCUGAUGGAGCGCGCGCGCGACCAGUCCGCGCACGUGCGCAGCCGCGUGAUGCAGGCGUGGGCGUGGCUGUGCGGGGAGAAGGCGGUGCCGCUGGGGCACUGGAACGCGGUGGCGGAGCUGGCGGUGGGGCGGUUGGAGGACAAGUCGUCGCUAGUCAGGAAGAAUGCGUUGCAGCUCCUGGGCGAGAUGCUUCACCAGAACCCGUUCGGCCCGAGUUUGCGAGUGGCGCCCUUCGAGGUCACCCUGGAGAAGGCGCGCGUCGAGCUGGCAGCCAUGGAGGAGAGCCGCCGGCGCGCCGAGCAGCAGGAGGCCAGGGAAGGAGGCGAGGGUGACGGUGAUGGAGAGGGUGAGGGCGAGGGGAUGGAGGGUGCAGGAAAUGAAGGGGCAGGAGCAGCGGCUGCAGCGGUGGAAGUGGGGGUGGUGGGGGAUUCUGAAGGAGGUGUGGGCGAUGAUAGCUGGGUGGACUCCCAGGCCACCCAGGGAGAUGGGGAGGGACAGGGAGAGGGAGGCAAGGCAGGAGGCGCUGCUGGUGGUGUUGCAGAGGGGCUUCCAGACGGAGCUGCUGGGGUAGCAGGCGUGGCAGGCGCAGCAGGAGCAGCGGGCGGAGCAGGCGCAGCAGGGGCAGCAGGGAAGGCGGUGCUGGGGCGGGCGUUCGGGGUGGAGCAGACGCGCACGCUGGUGGCGUCGCUGAGCGCGGGGCUGCAGUUCUGCCGCCUGCUGGCGGCCGUCACGGGCGCGCUGGCGGCGCUGCUGGGGUCGAGCGCCGUGUCGGACGUGGAGGGCGCGAUUCUGCUGCUCACGGCGCUGCAGCACUUCCGCGUGGAUGGGGCGAGCGAGCGACUCAAGAAGAUCCUGCCACUGGUGAGAUGGGAUACGAGUGUGGGGAAGGUGAGGAGUGGAUGGGUGGGAGUGGGGGUGGGGGUGGGGGGGGAAAGUGUGGAGUGGGGAGAGAUGGUAGGGGGAAGAGAGGGAUGGCAGUUGAAAGAUGGUUGGGAGGGCGCCAUCCUGCUGCUCACGGCGCUGCAGCACUUCCGCGUGGAUGGGGCGAGCGAGCGACUCAAGAAGAUCCUGCCACUGGAGGAAGAGGGGAGGGCAUUUGAAAGGGUGCUGGCGGCGCUGCUGGGGUCGAGCGCCGUGUCGGACGUGGAGGGCGCGAUCCUGCUGCUCACGGCGCUGCAGCACUUCCGCGUGGAUGGGGCGAGUGAGAGGCUCAAGAAGAUCCUGCCGCUGGUGUUCUCUCACGACCCUGCUGUGCGGGCAGCAGUGGAGGCGGCGGUGCUGGAGCUGCACGUGAAGGGGCGCUCAUCGCAGCAGGCAGCGCGCAGCCUCGUGGCUCUCACGCACGGCGCCUCCUCUGGCGACCUGGCGGCGCUGGAGGUUCUGGUGGGCACGUUCGUGCACAACGGGGAUGUCACCAUGCAGAUGGUGACCAUCCUGUGGGACAUAUUCACUUUCAACCUGCCCGGAGCCACGUCAGCAGAGAGCACAGGCGCGCUGAUCCUCCUCUCCAUGGCGGCAAAAACCCGCCCGGAAAUCCUCAACCACCAUCUGAGCGCGCUCCUCGCCAUAGGCCUAGGCAGGCGGGCUCAGAGCGACCCUCUGCUUGCUCUCUACACCUGUAUCGCCCUGCAAAGGGUUUCUGCGGAGGUUCGGGAGGAAAUGGGGGCAGGGCACCGGGUGUUUGCGCUGCUGGAGGGGGUUAUUUCAGGCAGCUCGCUGGAUCUGCCCGAAAGGGCGAGGUACGGGGUGAUAGAGCAGGCGGUGAGGGCGGUUUAUGUGCUGCAUCCUGCGCCGGAGAGGUACUGUGGCGUGCUGCUGAAGAAGCUUGUAAAGGGGAUGUUUGGACAGGGUGUUGCUGUAGGGGGUGGAGGGGGAGGUGGGGGAGGAGGGGAGGGUGAGGGGAGGGAGGGAAGUUGCGUGAGUGGUGUUGUUGAUGGUAGUGGGGAGGCCGGUAACGAGGACAAAAAUGCCCGGGCAGCAAAGGAAAAAGCAGAGGCUGAAGCUGCUGCCGAAGCCAUGGAGGCCAGCCUGACCGGGAAAAAGCCUAAGGCAGGCAGGAAGAGCACUGGCCGGAAGAGUACAGUCUCUGGGGCAGGGAAGAGGAGAAGCGUCGCUGCCACCCCUGCAACAUAUGAAUACGAGAGUGAGGAGGAGGAGGCGGGAGAGGAGAGUGUGGAUGUGAGGGAGGAGGAAGAGGGGCCAGCGGGUGAUGGAGGGGAGGGCGGGGGAAGGGAGGAUAAGAUGGGGGAGGAGCUUGGGACGGCAGUGACAGCAGAGGCGCAGCUAGAGGCGCUACAGGAGCAGGUGGAGGGGGAGAUAGUGGCCAUGGAAAAGGGGCUGGAGAGGAGGCGGGGCGAGGGGAGGGAGUACCUGGUGGGGCGGGUGGCAUGGUUCGUCUCGGCGCUGUGCAGGCGGCCUCAGGAGUUUGCAGCGAGUCAGAGCGUGUAUGUGUGCGCCGUGCUCUCAUUGUCCAAGCUCAUGGCCAUCGACAGCCACUUCUGCGAGUCCCACCUGCAGCUGCUCUUCACACUCCUCCGCACCCAUCCGCACCCCUCUGUGCGCGCCAACGCCAUGGUGGCCCUGGGCGACCUGGCUCUGCGCUGCCCCAACCUGCUGCAGCCGUGGACGCCCCACGCGUACACCGCUCUCAGCGAUGGGGACGCCUUUGUGAGGCGGCAGGCGGUGCUGGUCCUCUCCCACCUCAUUCUCAACGACAUGAUGAAGGUGAAGGGCCACAUCAGCAGCCUGGCGGUGUGUCUGGAGGACCCUGAGCCGCGCAACGCUGACCUCGCCCGCCUCUUCUUCCACGAGCUCUCCAAAAAGGGCUCCUCGCUGGUCUACAAUCUCCUCCCGGACAUGCUGAGCCACAUGGCGGUGAAUCCGCGCCUCUCAGAGCCCUCGCUGCACGCCAUCCUGCGCUUCCUCAUCGCCUUCAUAGACAAGGACAAGCAGCGCGAAGGGCUCAUCGACAAGCUCUGCCACCGCUUCACCAACGCCCACCCCGCCUCCUCCUCUGCCUCCUCGGCUGAGGCUGAAGGGGGAGAGUUUAUGGAGUGUGAUAGUGGGAUGGAGGAGGGUGAGGAUGAAGAUGGUGAGGAGGUUGAAGAGGUGGAGGAGGUGGGGGAAGAAAGUGCUGGGAAGGAGGCUGUGAGUACUCAGGAGAGAGAGGGAGAAGAGGACAAAGGGAGGGGCGUGAGUGUGCGGAGGAGCAGCCGUGGUGGUGGUGCGAAGAGCAGUGUGAGUAAGAGCAGGAGCAGCAUGAAGGGUGGGAGGGCUGGGGGAGUUGAUGGUGGGCGGAGGAGGAACCUGGUUGCAUGGAGUAGCAGUGAGGAGGAUAGUGGAGAGGAGGAUGAGGAGGAGAGUGUAGAAGCGAGUGAUGAAGAAGUGGAGGAGGUGGUGGUGCAGAGGAGUGCAGGGCGUAGGGGGCGGGGAAGUAAUCAGAGACGGGCAAGUGCCCUGAAGGAAGCGGAGGAAUCAGAGGAAGGAGGAGGAGCAGAGGUAGCGGAGGAGGCAGAGGAGGCAGAGGAGGUAGAGGAGGUAGAGGAGGUAGAGGAGGUAGAGGAGGUAGAGGAGGUAGAGGAGGAGGAUGUUGAGGAAGAAAGUGACGGUGAGGAGGAGGGGAGUGAAGUGGAAGGGAGUGAAGAGGAGGGGAGUGAGGGAGGAGAGGAAGGGGGCGAGAUGGAGGAGAUGGAUGUUGAGGAAGUUGGUGAGGAGGAAGGAGCCGAGGAGGAUGAGGAGGGCGGGUAUGAGGAGGACGAGGAGGAGGAAGAAGGGGAGGAGGAUGACGAGGGGGACGUUGUGGCUGACAAGGGCCAGGCGUUUCAGGUUGCACUGAGACCUGUUGGGGAGAGGAAACAUCCUGGCAGGCAGGGGGCCAGUGAGGAGAGGAAUGGUGGGAUAGAGAACGUUGUCUUGAGGCCAGUGGGCGAGAGGAAGGGCAGGGGGAGGGGGCAGAGGAGAGCGGUAUUGGAUAGUGACAGUGAUGGGAGUGAUAGUGAUGGAGGGGGUGUGACUGAGGGAGGGGGAACGGCCAUGAGGCGGAUGAAAAACAGGCGAGCGGCAUUGCUUGGGAGUGAGAGUGAAAGUGAAGGGGAGAUGGAGAUAUGUGGGAUGAUGUCGCUCGGAAGGAAGAAGCCUGCCUCUCCCAGGUAA